AAAGUGAUUAAGCGUUCCCCACCCCACCAAUGCAAAAAGACCCAAUUUAAUCUAUCUCGUAAUUAAUCCUCCUUCCCCAAUCCAUUGGAAAAAUUAGGGCUCCAAUAAAAACCUAACUUUCCUAAUCCCCCCACAGAAUCAUCAAAUUGAAUCUAUAUCCAUAUAGCAAUCGAUCCUGCCCACAAAAUAAAAUAACAUAAAAUAAAAAAGUUGACAUUUUUAUUAAAGGGGUUUUGUUUUUUAACCUUCCCAAAAAAUGUCAGAAUCUGAUAUCAACAAUCGUCAUCAUCAUCCUCAUCCUCAUCAUCAUCUUCAUCAUCAUCAACAUUCAUCAAGUAUUUUUGAAGCUGUAAAUUUACAGCCAGUAAACUUACAUAAUAAUCAUAAUCAAGGAAUUCCUAUAAAUAAUAAUAAUUUACAAGAUGAAGAAGAAGAUGAAGAAGUUGGGAAUGGUGGGGAAGAAGAAUCAAUAGAUAAUCCUUACAAUAAUAAUAAUAAUAAUCAGAAUAAUUUGCAGAAUAGUGUUAUUGAAGCUGGAAUGGAAGAUAUGGGUGUUCAUCAUCAGCAGCAGCAUGCUUUAUAUGUACCGGAUACCGAAAUACAGCCGGUGGUAAACACGGGUGGUGGUGUUGAUCAGCUAACGUUGUCGUUUCAGGGUGAAGUUUAUGUCUUUGAUGCAGUUUCACCCGAAAAGGUGCAAGCUGUGUUAUUGCUAUUGGGUGGGUAUGAAGUGCCAACUGGUGCUCCUACUAUGGGGCUUCCUCCUCAAAAUCAAAGGGUUUUGACUGAAUUUCCUGGACGGUCAAGUCAACCACAAAGAGCUGCUUCAUUAAGUCGGUUUAGGGAGAAGAGAAAAGAAAGAUGCUUUGAUAAGAAAAUCCGUUAUAGCGUACGGAAGGAAGUGGCCCUCAGAAUGCAGCGUAAAAAAGGUCAGUUUACAUCAUCCAAGGCUAUCAAUGACGAAGCAGCUGCUUCAGAUUGGAAUGGUGGUCCUGCCCAGGAUGAAGAAACCUUAUGUAGACACUGUGGAAUCAGCUCAAAAUCCACUCCAAUGAUGCGCCGUGGGCCUUCUGGGCCACGUACAUUGUGCAAUGCUUGUGGACUCAAGUGGGCCAACAAGGGAGUUUUACGAGACCUUAACAAGGUAUCGGCACCAGGGGUUCCAGACCCGACUGGAAAGACUAUUGAGCAGCAGAGUGACAGAGAAGCAAAUGACACUAAUGCUGUAAAUGUGAAUGCGAUGAUUGUAUCUAAUGGAGGAGACAAUUCGGGUGACACCGUUGAAAGAUGAGGAGUUUCUUCUUUUUUCGUUGUAACUUGCAACCAAUCCGGAUAUUGAAGAAAAAGGUGUCAAAUAACAAUCUCACAGUAGUUACAAAUAUUGUAGAUAUUUUAUUCAAGACUUAAGGUACAUGAGAUUGCAUUUUUACAUAGCAUUUUUCAGUUGCUUUUCUUAUAUAGAUCUGGGAUGUAUUUUCUAAAUUGGCAAUUUGUAUCUCUGGUAGCUCACUUCAUUGAACAUGAAAUACAUUUGAGUCAUUUGUUUGGUCA